AUGAUAAGUAUUGAGGUAGGGGUUUUUAAAUUUUUCUGAAUGUGAGCAUAUUUUUUUUUCACUGUAGUAACAAGUAUUGUAUAUGGAAUUCAUUCCUUUUUUUGGUAUUAAAAAAAUUCCACAACUUUUCUCAACUUUUAAUGACCUUCUCAUGGAAAGAAAUGAAGGAAUUCUUGUUAAUUCAUCCUUGAUUCCUCAUUCUUUAUUUCAGGUCACAUAUAUAAUAUUCCGAUUCACAUUUUUUGGCUUCAACUCAAGUUGGUUUUCAUGGGUAAGGUCUUACUGCUUCUACAAUCAUUGUUCUUAGUGAUAUGAAAUAUUUCUGUUCUUUAUUUGAUGGUGGUAUCAAGAGUUUAAAUAAAACAAAACCUGAAUUUUUGUUUUGUGAUUGGUUACGAUCUAGCUGGCUUUUGCCAGGUCAUUGUACAAAAGCCUUUCUCUAAGGUAGUGUAAGCUCUUUAAACCCUAAGAAUGACCAGAUCUAAUUUCUCCUAACAGUAAAACUGCUGAAACAUUCAUUAAAAUCAUGAGAAUGAAGGAAAUGAUCAACUUAAGAAGUUUUGAUUGUUAAACAAAUUCUCCCAUUCAGUAUCAAACAAAAAAAUUGGAGAAAAGUAUGGAGAAUGUUGAUACUGAUGUUAGGGUGCAAAGGUUUAAAGGGUAUUUGCAAUUCAUGUAGGAGGAACUGGAAAAACUCUGGCCAUAAUAACUUUUUGAAGUUCUGCAUUUUGCCUUUUGCACCAAGGUCCUCCUGGUGCUUGCCACAGCACUUUAUAGUGGAUGUUACAAGUUUAUGGCUUCAAUGGCAAAACCUACAUAUUCCUCAUCUGGAAAUCUUAUAGACGGAGGAAUGGAUCUUAAUCAGGAGUCAGGAACUGCAGAGUAUGUACUUUUAAGCUAUAAAUGCUGAACAGUGAGAUAAGUUCCCUUAAGUUAGUGUACACCUAAGUUGUUCAAAAGAUGGAUGAUCACUUUCCAAUACAUUCCUGUUAGCACUUAAACCCUAAAGGUGACCAGCAUCUAAUUUCUCCUAACAUUCAUUCAUGAAGACUUUGAUAUUAAAGGAAAUGAUCAUCAACCAAUGCAGCUUUGAUUGUUAAACCAAUACUCCUUGAUAGUGCUAGGGGAGAUGAUUAGAGAGGAGUAUGGAGAAGAGGGAUUUUGAUGUUCGGGUGUACAGGGUUAAAAUGCAUCUGGUCUUACAGAGCCAUAGGCAAGAAAAACCUUCAGCAGUACCAAUGUCAGAGAAACCUCUUUAGUGUAUGGUUUGCUAUGUGAAUGAAACUUAUACAAUUUUGUUUGCUUAGAUUUACUGUUUGAUAGCUGUCUAAAACCUGGAAGAGGAACUCUUUUACUAAGGGUAGUUCAUUGGUUCACCUCACACUGGCUGUAGCUCAGACAUACUUUGGUAUCAUCUGGAGAGUGAUUUGUCUGAAUGAUAACAAAAUUUAUUAUACAACUAAGGCAUUAACAAAAAACAACAAAUGUGAAAAAAUACUGUAUUUUUUCACACAUGAUUGAUAUCUCCAAUCAGCUGCUGACAGGUCACUCGCCUUUAGCGCCACUCUGUCAGGUUGAUGAAGGAACUUUUUUCUAUUUAACCAUCCACCAUGAGUGUUUAGUAAUAUCUGUAGAUCAAAGCUCUAAGGUAUUCAAUGUCUUACGAAUGCCUGGUUUUGUUCUUACCACAAUCUACUGACAUCUUUGAUAUAUUUCUGAAUAGUGAACAGCAACUAGAAUAUAUUGGUGUUGUUUUAAGUAAGAGACAGGGAAAUUGCUAUUAAAUGAUGAUGUCAUAUUUGUACAUAUCCUGUUAUGGAAAGAUAAGAACAAAAAAAAUUCUAAGAACUGAAAUGUAUAUAUAAUUCAACAACUCAUCGGUAGUGAGCAUAAUAUACAUGGUCUUCUGUGAUAAAGACUUGGUAAAAAUAACCUAAAAGUAUUUAUUAUUUACAAUGGACUAUAAUAAAGAAUAUAAGACCCCUCCCAGUUUAUUAUUGUACUAAUACCAUAUUUUGAAAUUUCAUGUAAACACUAAAAUCUAAUUGAUGUUAUUUUGUCAUUUAUUUGUCACAGACAUGUUAAGGACCUCAUAAUAUUAACAGUGAUAGUUCAGGGACUUGGAAUAUUUACAGACUACAUGUGGCUGUUUUGGCUCCUGGUGAGGGCAUUUCUGUUAUUUUGUUAUCAGCUUUUGAGAAUCCCCGCAGCAGCAUUUACAAAAAGAUUUUCAGGAUUGCUCUUUGGGUUUUACAAGCAUUGGCCUGCUAGUAUGUGUGCUGUACUCUGAAUGGAGGUGAAAGAUGUGGUGGUGUGAUGAUUAGGGCUCUGGAAAUUGGGUCAAGAUGUCUGGGUUCAGGACCUGGAUGGGUCAUUGUGUUGUGUUCUUGGGAAAAGCAUUCUCAAAGUGCCUCUCUCUCUCCACCCAGGUGUAUAAAUGGGUAAAGGAAGAGUCAAGAAAGCCCAAUUAAAUGCUGGGGGGUAACCUUGCAAUGGAUUGGCAUCCCAUCCCCAGUGCUUCAGUUUGCCACUAAUGUACCUUUCUGUUCCAAUUCUUCAUUAAAAAUGAAGGAAACCAAAUGGGCACAGUGUCAGGAAAGCCUAAUGAAAUGCUGGGGGGUACAGACUUCAUCUACCCACCUUUUAUUCUGAGUGGAGAGAAUUGGGUUUCAACCCUGGUUGGGCCAUGGUGACCUUGGGCAAGAAACUUUACUCUCACCAUACCUUUUUUCACCCAGUGUUAUAAAAGAGUAGUGGUUGACUUCUGGGGAAACGGGGGGUUUGGUAAUCUUUGAUAAACUGGCCUCUUUCUCAGGGGUAGUACUUAGUUCUUAGUGCUUUAGAAACUGAGAAUAGACACCAACAUUUAAUAGCUAGCUGGAUUUAGGACUUGAGCCCACUAACGCGUUCUUUGGGUUUCGUUUCAGGUGCCCUGUAGAGCUAUCUACUUGUUAUGGGUUUAUAUUCUAGGACCUUGGUUCUUUGCUCAACCCGAGGAAACAGAAGUGGAUCUAAAGAAACAGAAGAAAAUGGAAAGGAAAAUGAAAAGAGCAGGAAUGAUGUAGCAUAUGAGCGCCUGUACAGUUUGAACAAUCAACUUAAGUACUUCUGAUUGACGUGAGAAGGGAACUAGCAACCCCGGAAACCAGAAAGACAACUCGUGAUAGGAGCACAAGAGGGGUGGGGUGGAGAUAAGAACCACCACCUGUCCUCACCCCUAGUGCUUCAGUUUGCCACUAAUGUACCUCUCUGU